AUGACUUCAAUUGGAACAAAGGUCACUGACCCCCAUGCCGAACGCCGGGAGCCUACAGGAGCCAUCGCAUCAGACUCCCUAGCAGCAGAGUCCAGCCGCGCAGGAGGUGCAUUCUCACGCAACCCCAACAGCGAGCCUCAGGGCGUCUCCGGCUCCAACUCCACCUUCGCCAACACGAACACUUCAGCAGCCACCCGCUUAGAUCCAGCUUCCGACGCAGAAGCCCGCAUGGCGCAGCAUGACUGGGCCGAGGAGAAGAAGCUCGGCGCGGCAGCGACCUCAUAUCCCGAUGCGGCUGGUGGCCAAGCCAAAGGCCUUGCGGUCGAGAACACCCAAGGCUCUUAUGAGACUGGUGGUGCAUCGAGCCAUGCUGAUACAGCACCAAGUUACAUCGCCAGUACGCAACAUCUAAACACUGGAAAGCCAAAAGGAAAGAACUUGACGGAGGGUGGAUUUGAUGACGAUGAUCGGUGGAAUGCAAGUUUAAGUUCGGAUAUUGGAACGAACAACGACCCAGGACGGGCAGCGGAGCUGAACUUUGAGAAAGUCAAUGCGAAUACUACUGCGGCCAGUGCUUCGACAAUGCCUAAACAGAACAGGAAUACUGAUACCCCUUAUAAUGUGUUGAGUUCUGAAGCAUCAGCAUGA